CGCCCGACAUUGGCUGGGUCGCCACACUCAUCGGCGGCGUGCCGUACAAGAACGGCGAUCUGGCAGCCUCCAUCGUGUGGAUCCUCGCCACGCUGCUUCUGGUGCCCCUCUUCCUCGUGCGCCUCCUGCGGCGCUCCUCGCUCAUCUCCGGCGUGCUCUUCACCAUCGCGCUCUUCAUGAUUGCUAUGCUCGCCACGUUUGGGAUACGCGCCUACAUUUCCAACAACGCGCCCACGACGACGCUGAUGAUAGCCAUGAAUGCCAUGCUGGCUAUUAUGCCGCCGCUCUUGCUCGAGCCUCUGCUCAACCUCCUCGGCCUCUACGCCAAGCAAGGUCAAGCCGGCUCGGGCGUGCCGACGGUGACGAGCGUGCUGCGAGUCUUUAACCUGCUCGCGCUCAUUCUCUACGCCGUCGCUGCCGCCUAUACCGGCGUCUACCUCUCCGACUGGGAGCGCACGCUGCUGGACCCCAACGCCGUCGGUGCCCUCUCCUCCUUUCCCGACACGGUGCCGAAGCAAGUCGUGCGUCUAGGGCCGAUCAUCGGCAGCUUCUUCAUGCUCGUGGCCAUCGCCGGCGGCCUGCUGCUCAUUCCCGUCGCGCGCGGCGCGAACGGCUCGAUGCGACCCGGCGGCUUUCUGGCGGUGCUGCUGAUCCUCAUUGGCAUCGCCACUUCCUAUCGUAUCCUCCAAUCGCUGCAUGCACAGGCUCGUCUCGAGGAAGAGACGACCGGCUCGACGCGCAAUCCCUUUGCCGACAUCUUCGGCCUCGGCACGUCAAGCUCUGCCUCCUAUGACAACGCAAGGCCGCAACCAAACACGUUUCAAAGCAUGAUGGACGACGUCUAUCGUGCGGCGCGCGGCUUCCAGGUGGCGCCCGUGGGCAUGUAUGAGCCGGCAUCGCGAGGCAUUGCAUGGGCAAUGCUGCAGCAGGCCCUCGCAGGCCGAGGUGCUCCUCAAACGCCAAUCGUGUUUAAUCUCGUCUACAUUCUGCCGAUGUGGCUGCAGACGCUGCUGCUCUUCUUUGUCCAUGCGCCCGGCGCAAAAAAGCCGCCGCCGGGUGAGGGAGACGCCUGAACUUGCCCUCUCUCUCUCUCUCUCUUCCUCGCAUGCAUCCCCGUGUGCUCUGGCCCACCGAGGCUUCUUCAAAUGAAUCAUCCCAUUCGCCCGUCGUAGCCGCUUGCGUCUCUCUUGCCCCGCUCCGUCGCCACCUCCAACCUGGCCCCUCCCUUCUGCCUUCCGCUACUCUACUUGGCCGCAAUGCUUCGAUAGCGAUCCGUCGCCUCGACCAGGUGAUGCGUGAUGCCGGGCUCCUUGGCCGAGUGUCCGGCGUCGGGGACGAGGAUGAAGUGGGCCUCUGGCAUCUGCUUGUGCAGCUCAAACGCCGUGGUGCAGGGGCACACGACGUCGUAGCGCCCUUGCACGAUUGUUGUUGGGAUAUGGCGGAUCUGGCGCAC